AUGCUGGUGGAUCUGAACGCGUUCGCGGACGAGCAUUUCGACCCCAAGGCGUGGGUCAACGAUGCGUGCGCCGCGCUCCCGCCGGAGGAACCUCCGGAGAAGUUUCUCGCGGACAUUGAAAUGAAGCUGCAGCUCUUAUCGGAGGACAUGGGCGGCGCGUUGGAGGAGCAGAGCGCGGGCGCGCUGCUGAGAGUGCCGCGCGCCGUGAGGGAGACGAAGCGCGUGCGCGACGAUGCCGUGUCGCUCAAAGGCACUGUUGCCAGCAUCCUGCAGCGCCUGCAGCAGGUGGAGGCUACGUCAGCAGCAUCCGUGGCGGUGCUGGCGAAGGUGGAUGCAGUGAAGCAGCAGAUGGAGGCGGCGAGAGACACCCUCCAGUACGCGGCAGGCUUGGCACAGCUGAGCGCGUCAGUGGAGCAGGUGUUCGCCAGUGGCGACCUGCCACGUGUCGCCGAGACAUUGGCCAACAUGCGGCGCUGCCUGGAGGUGGUGGGCGAUGUGAGUCCCCCCUGGCACCUGCCUCCGCUUCUGUCCCUGUGGCCUGCGCCGGAGUUUGCAGCGAACAAGAGGCAGCUUCAAUCGCUGGAGGAUCGGUUGGAGCAGAUGGUGCAGCCGCGGCUGUCAGACGCGCUCACUCACAGCAAGUUGGACGCGUGUCGCUCGCUGACAGGCAUACUUGCAGCGAUUGGCCGGCAGCACACAGUGGAAGCUCUCUUCUGCCUCGUGCGCUGCCGCCCGCUCACACGCCUGUGGGAGCAGUUCGAAGUCACUGCUGUGGCACCAGGAGCUGUCCCCUCCGCUAUCAUAAUCUCAUCAAUUCAUCUCAUCUCCCCUUCCCUUCUCCGCCCUCCCCCUCCGGUCCCGCAGGUCCCUUGGCAGCAGCGUUACAGUUCCCUGAGUGGUUAUCGCGCUGGUCCCUUGGCAGCAGCGUUACAGUUCCCCGAGUGGUUACCGCGCUGGUAUGACGAGAUGCUACUGGCAGUGGAGCAGGAGGCGCGCUGGUGCGUGGCAGCCUUCCCCCACCACGCCUCGCCUCUGCUGCUACGUCUGCUCACGGCCACGUGGGGCGGGAUCGCCUCCAGCUUCACUGCGCGCGUCGAUGCUGCUGUGUCUGACGCUGCGCUGUCUGCUCUUGCUGCUGCUGAUGCAGCAUCCCAGACCAGACCUUCUACGCGCCUGGCCCUGCUACUCGCCCUACACGCCACCACCACCACCUUCGCGCGCAACCUCUCCCGCCUCCUCGCCUCCCUUCCUUCCUCCACCCCCCCCGAUGCCACUAAACCAUCUUCCUCUGAAAAAAGCACCCAAGGAGCCGCCGCCGCAGGAGGAGGAGCGGCAGGAGGAGAGAAAAGCAGCAAGAGCAAGGGCAGGGAGGAGGAGGGGGAUCAGGAGGGAGAGGGGCCAGUGAGUGUGGGAGCAGUGGUGUGGGCGGUGUUCCGGCCCUUGGAGCCCUUCAAGCAGCGCUACGGGGACUAUGAGCGUGCACAGCUGGCGGCGGAUCUGGGCGGCAUAGAUCUCAGACCGGGCGGCGCAGUGAAGCAAGUGGGGCAGCGUGGGCUCGUGCUGGCAGAUGCUGUGCGGCGCAUGGAGGUGAGAGGUGGUGCUGUGCGGUGCAUGUCAGUGUGCUGGAAUAAUCUCUUGGAAUCUUUUGGAGUUCUCAGCGGCCAUCCCAGCAGCUAUGGCAGCACUGGAAGCAGCAGUGGAGCGCUGUCUUGCCUUCACAGGGGGCUCAGCAGUGUUGCUCACCGCUCUCAACCACUCACUCCUCCUCUACGUCCCCUCUUUCUUACCCGCCCCACGCCCCCCUCGCCCUUCCCCCACCAGGCGGCCAUUCCAGCAGCCAUGGCAGCACUGGAAGCAGCAGUGGAGCGCUGUCUUGCCUUCACAGGGGGCUCAGAGGCAGCAGCUCUCCUCACCGCUCUUGACCACUCCAUCCUCCUCUUCCUCUCCCGCCUCUCCUCCUGCCUCCAAUCCCUCCCCCCCAUCUGCGGCCUCUCCCCUCCCGCCCCUCCCACCCCUCCUUCCUCCGCCACUCCCUCCGCCCCAACCCGAGCCUCCGGUCCAGGCUCGGACCGAACCAAUCCAGUCUCAGACGAUCCGUUAGCUAGUCUACCAGACCCGGCGGGGUACGGGGGAGGUGGAGCAGGGGGGGUGGAGGAGGAGGAGGAGUGGGCAGUGGUGCAGGGAGCGCUGCAACUGCUGAUGGUGGCAGAGAGUGUGGCAGUGCGCGUGGCAGUGUUUGAAGCCUCCCUCCGCAGCGCCCUCACCCAGCUCUCCCCCCGCCUGGGGCUGGAUGCUGGGGGGGAUGGCGCAGGGGAAGGGGGAGGGGAAUCCGCAGGAGGGGAGGUGAAGCGGGUGGGGUCGGUGGGUGGCGCAGGGGGAGGGGGAGGCGCAGGGGGAGGCGGAGGCGCAGGGGGAGGCGGAGUGGGAGCUGGAGGGGGAGCAGAGGGGAGUGAGGUGGAUGUGGCUGUGCUGCGACUGGCGGAGUAUCCCGACAAGGCUCAGCGCCUCGCCAGGCUGCUGGACGAGUUGAGGGACCCGCGCAUCCACGCGCUCCCGCGCACGGCGCAGCGAGUGAGAAGCUUCCAGGAAGCGGUGUCAUCAUUGGUGUACGACGUGCUCAUUGCCAAGGUGCGGCGGCAGCUGGCGGGGGUAUCCACGAUGCCGGACUGGGCAUUGGGCGAGGAGGAGAAUGUGUUUGACCUACCGGCCUUCAACGCGUACGCUCUACCAUACAUCACAGCCGUGGGAGAAUACCUCCUCACUCUCCCCCAGCAACUCGAGCCUCUCGCCGUCGCUGCCUCCGAAGCUGCCCCGAGCCUGCUCCUGCAAGCCUCGGCAAGCGGCGCGUCGGCGGGCGGGGAAUCCGCGACGCCGACCGCAGCAGGGGAGGAGGACGCAGGAGCAUAUUUCGUCCGUGAGUGGAUGACAAAGGUUGCGGACGGCGCGACGUCGCUAUUCGUGGAGCAAAUUCGGGCAAUUCCCGAGGUGUCGGACCGGGGGGCACAGCAGUUAGCAGCAGACAUAGAGUAUCUAUGCAGUGUACUGUCGGUGCUUUAUGUGGCUGCAUCGCCUGCUAUCGCGACCUUCCAAGCGUGCUUUGCCACGCCCAAGGCAAGCCUGGCGGAGUUUAUCGCACAUGAGAGUGGUGCUGGAGGGUCGCUGGAUGCCACCGCUGCCCGCCUGGUUGCCAAGAUGAGGCGGCAACGUAACUUGCGGAUACUUGUACCAUCCUUCUCGCUGCACCGCUUUCCUCCCUCACCGCUCUUUGCAUCGCGUGCCAUCAUCUGCCAUACCUCCGUCAUGGCGGCUACAGCAUCGCGGGGCUCGUCCCCUUUCUCCCGUUUCGGCGACUCGCAGUCAUUCAACUUCGACGCGCUGAAGAACUUCUCCGCGCUCACCCCCUCGAUACAGUCACAUCUGCAGAAGGUCUACCUGACGCUCUCGCUGACGCUGGUCGUCGCGUCGCUAGGCGCGUACGCGCACGUGCUGUGGGGGCUCGGCGGCGCGCUCUCGUCGAUAGCGUCCAUCGCGGGCGUGCUUUGGCUCAACGCCACUCCCGCCGUUCCCGCUAACGAGAGGUCAACCCCGGGUAGCCCCCAUCUCGUCCUCCUCCCUCUGUCUCCUUCCGCGCUGCCUGCAUGCUCUUCGAUUCACUCCUUUGCUCUCCAUCUCUCCAUUUGCGCUCUCCGGCAUCGCUCUCCUCCCACUCUCUCUUCCUCCUCGCAUCGUCUCCCCCGUCCCCCUCCCAUCCUCGCAUUCUCCCACCCGUGCACUCUCCGCCGCACAUCACCCAUGCUUGUCGUUCCUGCUCCUAACCUCUCUCUCCCGCCCCGUCCCCCCCUCCCUGCCUCCCUCCCCGUCCAGUCUGCUAGUAGCAGCAUUGCACCAGCAGCCAUCUUCCUGUGCUUCUCAGGGGCAGCGCUGCUCGGAGUACCUUUUCUUGGGGGGCUUUCUCUCCCUGUACUCAGUCACUCAGCUCUGCCUACUCCCGACCUCUCACCCUCACCCCCUCUCACAACCCCCCCUGUCUCCCUCUCUUCUUCUCCCUCCUUCCCCCCCAGUCUGCUAGUCACAGCGUUCGUCGCAACAGCAGCCAUCUUCCUGUGCUUCUCAGGAGCAGCACUGCUGGCUAAGCGCAGGGAGUACCUCUACCUGGGAGGAUUCCUUGCCUCUGCCGUCUCCACCAUGCUCGCCCUGCGCCUUGCUUCCAUCUUCUUUGGCGGCUCUAACGCUGUCUUUCAGAUCGAGGUAUAUGUGGAGUACCUGUACCUGGGGGGCUUCCUCGCCUCUGCCGUAUCCACCAUGCUCGCCCUGCGCCUCGCCUCUAUCUUCUUCGGUGGCUCCAAUGCUGUUUUCCAGAUUGAGGUACGUGUGUCAGUUGCGUGUGUGAGUGCAAUGUGGUCUCUGCUCUGUGAAUUCGUUGCCUGUGCCUUGCCACUCCCCUCCGCCCUCUCCGCCAUGCUCGCACUGCGCCUCGCCGCCUUCAUCUUCAGCGCCUCUGAUGUUGUCUUUCAGGUGUUGCUGAGGGCCAGUGUGGCUGCUCAAUUUGCUCCCUUGCCACUCCAUCUCACUGCUUCUCCCACGCCCUCUUCCACCUCCUCUUUUGCACAGCUGUGCAGCGACCUCCUGGCGUUCGCUAGAUACAUCAUAUACGACACACAGCUGUAUGGAGGCCUCCUGGUCUUCUCAGGCUACAUCAUCUACGACACGCAGGUGCUGCUGGAGAGGGCGAGGCAGGGCCAGUGCGACCACGUUGUGGACGCUCUCGAGCUGCUGCUCGACUUUGUCGCUGUCUUCGUGCGCAUCCUCUUCAUUCUGACAAGGAAGGAGGAGAGGGAGGAGGAGCAGCGGGCAUCAUCCAAGCGCAGAACUGCUGCCAGCACCUCUCGCCGUUAA